AUGUCGCACCGGUGUAGAGAACAGCAGAGAGAGUACGGGCACUGUAUCACUCGCGAGGUGAAGCAUCUGCAUCCUUCGUGCCCCUCUGCACCACAGACGCAUCCGGCGGAGAUGGAUGCCGUGGUAGACGCGGCGGACCCGCGCGUCGCGCCUGCCGUCCAGCAGCUCUCCGCGGUCGCCCAGCGUGUAUACAUGGUAUGGCAGCGUAUGGGCGUCGCCUCGCGCGACCGGCAGCAAAAGUGGAGCACCUUCCUCUUCGGCUCUCUCCUACCCUUUCUGGAAGACUUCUGCACCCUGCAGGAGGCCGCCGAGUACAACGCGGCCACGGAGAACGACGCGCUGCUGCGGGACGUGUGCCACCUUGCCGUGCGCCUGGAUGAGUCGCCGCGGCAGCCGGAGGUGGCGUCGAUUGUGUCGCUGCUGAAGGAGCACUACGCACAGACGCAGCAACGGCACCCAUUCGCCGGCAGCGGUGUCGGGUGUAAAGCUACCAGUGAUGAAGCAGGACCAUCGGCGAAUACCGCGGAGUCGACAGCAACUCCGCGGUGCGGCGGUGACGUUGAGGGGGAUGCCGAGACAGGCGUCCCCCCGUCAGGCGCCAAGGAGCUGAUGUAUCUCACUCUCCCCUCUUUUACCGUACUCAUUGACGCCGCUUGCCUACCCGGGCAGCACUCCGGAGAGAAGGGCAACGAGCAGCAGCAGCAGCAGCAGCAAGAGCGUCUUCAUCAGGGAGGCGGCGUGGGCUUAGAGACUGACGACGGCAACGGCGAGCAGGGAGCAAACGUCAGCGGUAGCAAUGACCGCAGCACCGCGACCCAAGCCCUGCGUCGCCUGCUUCACAACAACACUCAUGAAGGCGUGCGUCAGCAACUGCAAGCGGAGCUGGAUCGACUACAGCGCCUUGCCGACAACCGACUGCAGGUGUUGCAGCUGCUGUGCAAGCAGCGCGCGAUUAUGAACCGCAGCACGCAGGAGCAGGUGGUGUUGCGUGCGGCGUAUCGAGCCAAGUACCUCGGCAAAGAAGAGGUCCACAGCGGCAGCGAGCUCGGAAAGCGGACCAGCCUCAGUUUGAGCGCUGCGGGGGAUCGACGGCCCCUGACGACUAUCGCUGUCGAUACGGCAUCCAUUUACUCCUCGGGCUUCGUCUCGCCGCUAACAUCGCCCAAGAUGUCCGGCCAUACUGCCGCCUCGGUAGUACCGUCCAGCGGCAAGUGUGAAGAAGACAACAGCAGCUCCGGUGCCAACGAAGAGACAGACGCCAUUGCGACCCUUGUCAACCGCCCAACAACCUCGCUGCAGGAUGCCACGCGUGAGGAGCUGCAACUGCUCUUGUCUGCCGCCUCGUGUUCCCUCGAAGUACCGCACAGCACGCAUGGAGGCGACGGCAGCGCCAGUCACACGUCGCUCGAGCACAGCGAGGAAGGCGAGCUGGGCAAUGCGACGUGGCCAACGUGUAGCUCGACGACGACCACCACAACCGAGGCGCGCGUCGCUUCACAGAAAGCAUGGCCCUCCGCCGGCGUCCUUGUCGCAGCCAAGACCGCCGAUACUCACACCAAAACGGCGGUGAGUAGUGCUCCCAGCACGCCGUCGGGCGAGGCGGCGCGUGCGACAGUGCUGGAGGUGGACGUGUCGAGCAUAACUGCGUACGGCACCCACCAAAACCUCGCUCUCUCGCGCAUCCACGCUGAGGCCGAGGCGGUUGUGCGCAGCAUCGACGAGCACAACCGUCGCAUGCAGCUGGAGGCGCAGGAGGAGCUGCACGCGCUUGAGACGCUAGAGGUGUUGUGGCGGGCCAUCUCCGUGCAAAGGACAUCUCCAAACGCCUCGUCAUUGCUUUCCCUCCCACAUCGGGGUAAGGAUGAAGCGGGGAGCCAAGGGGAAGCUAGCGGCUCUGUCCACAGCAGCGGCAAUGAAAAGAAUGCCGUGGCACGCUCUGCCAUAAACCCCAUCUCCCCGCCACUUUUCGAGCCUCUCAAACCAGAGCCGUACAGGGAAACAACCGAGGAGAUCGUCGCGCGGUACAGACAGCUGCACGCCGCGUACGAGGCGGACGUCGCCGCACAGCAGCAGCCAUGCCCUGCAGCCAGCGUGACACUGCUUCAGACGAUGCCGGUGCCGGCGUCCUCAGCUGGCUCACCGCCGUCAUCUUUGAAGAGCAGCACAAGUCUCACGUCACUGGCGACGGUAAAUGACAGCGACAGCGCAGGUGACCAGAAGGCUGUGCAUCGGAUGGGUGGCGGCUUGUACCUGCCGCCACUUGUCCGCCAAAUCCUUCGCGCCGCCUCGUACGCGCCGGUACUGGACUACGUCCGUCGCUCUCGGCUUGCCUUUCAGGCGCACCUCAGCACGCAGCAGGACGUCCUGGUAGAGAAGACAAUGGCCCGACUGCGCAAUGUCUACGAGGCCUACUACGCGGCGACGCAUGACAAGACGUAUGCGGUGGCACCGGACGGGGAACUGCGCGUUGCGAUGGAAGAAGAACUGUUAGAGACGUUCCAGGCACAGCAGUCAGCGGUCGAAGCGACACGACAUCAGCAGCGGUGCGAUGAGGUUGACAAUGAAAAUGCAAGCAGCACCGUAUCACGUGAAGCAGCAGCCGUUACUUCACCGCCACCAUCGCCAUCUGGCAAGGUGCUGCUCAGCUUUCAGCGCCACCUGAUGGCGUGUCAACAGGUGCGGGAACAGGCGGCGGACGAAAUUGAGUUUUUGCGCCUUCGGCUGCACAUCAUCGAGCAAGCCGCGCCGCUGGUACAGAACUAUCAGGAGAUUGUCCGGGAGGAAGCUGAGAUGCAUGCCACGAGUCGCGAGCGACUCUUGAACAAGAAGGUGAAUAUGGCAAAACAGUUGCUGCAAGAAGAGAAAACGCGGCGACGGGUGGCAAAGGAGCUUCCACGCAUUCUGAGUCUUCUGAAGGAACUUGUCGCGGCGUGGGACGCACUGCAAGCCGCCACCGAUCCCCGUGAGGACAUUGCAGACGUGGGCGACUGCCACAACGACGGCCCAGGUGCCUCGAUGUUGCCUCCGCCGCCGUCGGCCAAGGCAGAGCUGUGGAUCCGCGGUCAACGCGUCCGAGACCUGCUGACAGCUUCGCAGACCACAACAGUGCAGCCUGUCUCGCGCGUGCGCAGUCGCAGUGCAUCGAGCCCACAGCCCUUGCGGUCGCACCCACCUCCCCGCUCCGUUUCCCCAGCCCCGCCGGCGCUCGCACGGCACCGUGUAGAGCAGCGAUUCGCAGUCCCUGAUCGAGGGCUGUCGCUGCAUUCUUCCCGCAAAGGCUCACCGACACCAGCGCGCACGCCUCUCCCGGGGUGCCGUCGGGUGGCUGGGGAUAGCAGCGUGGGGGUUGGUGUUGCCACAACUUCUGUAGAGCGGCCCGGCCACUCGCUGCGGCCCCACAGCAACACUAAAUCGCCAUCGAUGCAGUCGUGCACGCCGUCCAACUCAAAGCCCACAGCGCGCUCGUACAGGCCUGGCUCCCUCCGGCCCCUACCACCUCGAGAGCCAUCCCGCUCCCCACCGCCGCUGUGGCCAGUGCUACCACAUCGUGGCCUCUCCCCCGUCUCCUCCAACACGAACCCGCAGGCGCAGAGAAAGACUGCUCAUACGUCCACGAGUCCCUCCCCCUCGUCCGCAUCGACCACCACCGCCACCACCACCAGAUUUGGCAGAGUGCCAUUUUCGUAA